CUAGCCUGGGCUAGCUAGCCAUCUUGACAAGAAUGAGGGAGGUAGCCGCUGUUCGGAUUUUCAGUUCCCUGAAGUGUGAAAUAGAGACGAUUUAUUCUUGGAAAUGUGUUACAUAUACCUUUGAAACAAGUGUUAGUAUUGAAUCGUUUUAAGUUCCUAAGUCAAGAGGAGAGAGGAGACUUGUUCCGAAAGAUGUCUUACAUACUUGUCCCAACGUAAAGGAGUGUUGUUGUAGCCAGCUAGCUAGUUGAGUGGAGGUACGGGCCCGCUUCACAGUCGGACUAAAGUAGCUGCCGCAGCUGGGGAACUCUAUCUGCGACAGCCGCCAUCUGACAACUACGGGGUCCGGACAUUACUUUACUGAACAGGCCGGUCCGGACGGAUCAAAGCUUUGGAUCAGUUAUCGAAUUACUACUUCUAUUGGCAAACGCUGGACUUGGGAGGGUUGGUCUUCAAUGUUAUGAACUCGUAAAAUGCAACAGGAGACGAGAGGAGGAAGGAACAAGGAUGACUCAUACUCCUCUUGAUAAUAGUUAAAAAAAACUUACAUCGAUGCAAAUUCGCUGUUUCAGAUAGCCAGUUGUCAGCUGAUAUUAGCUAACUCACUUGCUUUUAACGCGAGACAUUUAGACGGGAGUUGUGAACGCAGGCUCUCAAAAUGUCUAAAAUGCCGGCUAAAAAGAAAAGCUGUUUUCAGAUCACAAGUGUGACACAGGCUCAGGUGGCGGCCAGCAGUGCCACGGACGACACGGAGAGCCUGGACGACCCAGACGAAUCACGGACUGAAGACGUGUCGUCGGAAAUAUUCGAUGUGUCCCGGGCCGACUUGGAGCCGGAGGUAUGUGAUCGAAGUUCAUCUGAGGAAACGCUAAACCAUGUAGGGGAGCAAGAGGCACCUGGCGUUAUGGCCCCACCGCGUAGUGUACCUAAAGUUGGGCAGAUACCUGCAAUGUCGGGGCCUCCAAAUGAAGGUUUUGCUAUUCGAAAGGCAGGAGUGGCAGGCUCGCCUCAUGUUAGCCAGCAAACACUGGGAAGUGGUUCGUCAAGCGGCCUCCCUAUUGCUCAGUCUGGGCUCAUGCCACAGCCUGCCCCAGUGGUCAGUUGGGGGGCUACAACAGUGUCAGUGAGCACAUCCCAGCCAGUAGUGACUAGUUUAACCCCUACUUCUGCUAUGUCAUCGACAGCAAGUUGCAGUUCACGUUUCAGGGUCAUCAAACUUGACCAUGGUACUGGAGAGCCCUUCAGAAAGGGCCGAUGGACUUGCACAGAGUUCUAUGAGAAAGACUCAGAAGGUAACACUGUGGUUAACAGGACUACGGAUAACAUUAGGCAUGCCAAUGCGUUUGACCCCAGCGCUGACAGGGACAGCGGGCUGGGGUUGACGGGUGGUGCGGUGGUUGCACCGUCGACUCACUCCGGCCAGGGCCUAGACUCCAUAGUGGACGCUGCUGCUCUUAACGCCUUGCACGUUCACCCAAUGGACACAAUGCAACAGCAGCAGCCCCACCACCAAAACUACAACAUGGGGCAGCCUGGAACAGCCACACACAACACUUUCCCCACCAACAACCUCAUGGCUGUCCCAGGUCAGCAGCCAACGCUGAGUACUAUCCAACCUGCUGCCAACCAGAACCUCUUUCCUGUGGGGCUCAACGGUCUUCCUCAAAGUGGCAUUCACAUACAGAAAUCCCCAAGCAUGACCCCUGCAGCCCUGACCCAGACGCUGGCUUACCCUCCCCAGCAGCAGGCCAUGCUACAGCAGCUUCCACCGGGACAGCACAUGCCCAACCAGCCCCCAGGCCUGCCCCAGAACCAGGCAGACUACUACCAACAGAACCAGCCUGGCAUGCAGGCAGUGGCCUCAGCCGGCCAGACCCUCUAUGUGGGACAGACUGUGGGUCAGGGCCCGUCACUGGUCAUGACUCCCGCCACCGGGGUUCCGAUGCUGGGGCAGGUAGGGGAGAUGGCAGCAGUGGGGGGAGGAGGUUCUUUACCUGUCAGUCAGCCAGCUUCAGGCCUGAUGAGUGGAGGUGUGGGAGGUGUUGGAUCAUCCAUGGUACUGGGCGGAAGCUCUACUCUGCAACAGCUUGUAGGUCAGUAUGGCCCCACGGGUAUUCGUCAACCUGUCGGCCUCCACCCUUCGCCACCCGGCACCCAAAACGUGCCCAUCAUUGUGUCCAGUGCCUCCAGCGCCACCACAUUAGCCCCCACCGCCAUGCCAAACCUGACUGCCUCCUUGUUGCCCGCGCAACAGGCCCACGAUGGCAGGGGGGCGCAGGGCCUCCCGGCGGCUGGGUUCAGCCAUGUGGAGGAGGGCCAGCCUCCCGCCUUCUCCGAGAAAAACCUGAUGAAGAUCCCUGAGAGCCUGCAGCUGGCCAACAACCCCUCUGUGAACAGCCUGUUUGGAAUAGCCAUAGACGGGGAUGAGGACAGUGCCUCUGGAGCCAGUGUUGUUGCCAUUGAUAAUAAAAUCGAACAGGCGAUGGACUUAGUGAAAAGCCAUCUGAUGUAUGCAGUGCGUGAGGAGGUGGAGGUGCUGAAGGAGCAGAUCAAGGAGCUGUUUGAGAGGAACUCUAUGCUGGAACAGGAGAACGCCGUGCUGAAAUCCCUGGCCAACAGUGAUCAGCUGUCUGAGCUCUCCGUCUGGCCGGCCUCCACAAACUCCUCCUGCAGCACGCCUCCCCAGCAAGGGGUGGGCCAAGGCCAGCCACAGCUCCAGGCCCAGCCUCAAACGCAGCCACAGCUCCAGGCCCAGCCUCAAACGCAGCCACAGCUCCAGGCCCAGCCUCAAACGCAGCCACAGCUCCAGGCCCAGCCUCAAACGCAGCCACAGCUCCAGGCCCAGCCUCAAACGCAGCCACAGCUCCAGGCCCAGCCUCAAACGCAGCCACAGCUCCAGGCCCAGCCUCAAACGCAGCCCCAGCUCCAGCCUCAGCAACUCCAGCCCCAACCCCAGCUUGACGCCAGCCAGCCUUUGCUGCAACCGCAGCCCAACGGCAGCUCCGCUUGAAGUGCAUCCUCCCCAGCAGGAGAAAAAAAAGCAGAAAAGCACCCUCCAAUUAUUCUAAAUUAGCAUACGAAACAACAAAACAAUUAUAUUGUCUUGUUCUCCACCAGCUUGGCCACCACAACCAAGAGCAGUGCUUCUGUGCUUGUUCGGCUUUCCCAGUGUUAAUGCAAUCAUUGCGCGAGAGAGACGGGGGCUUUUCUUAUGGGGCGCCAUACUGGAGCCUGGACUGGUUGAGUGCUAUGUCAGAGCCUGUGGACCAGAUCCCCCCCCCCCCCCCCCCCCCUGGCCACAAAGGAGCUGUGCAGCUCACAUGAGAGGAUGAAUCAGAGCGUCCCAGAGAUUUUUUUUUGUUGUAAGAGAUGUAUUUUUAGCCUUGCUGUUUCAUGUUGUAAGUAAGAAGUGGGGGAGAGAUCUAGUUUCGGAGCCGCGCUGCCAUUUCUUCUUCGACAUGAGUCCAAUUCAUGCAUCAGUCUAAAGUUCUACGGUUAAUGUUUAUUUAUUACGGGGCUGCUAUUUUCAUGAAAGGAACAAUGUCACAAAACUUUUUAAGAAAGAGCCUUUUUUUUUUGUCAUCAGUGUUUAAAAUAAUAGUCUGUACACACAAUGGGCAGUGUUACAUUAACCAGUUGAAUAUGUAGGCAAUAAUAAAGAAACUCUGACAUGCGUCUAACACUAAACAGGCAGUUUUACAAUGGAAUUGUUUAUCCGCACCAGUCAAGAUCCAGUUUGAAUGUACAUUUUUGUAUAGUGUAAAGUAUUAAGAACAUAGCAAAGUUUGUACAGGUGAACACCAAGUCUUCUGACAGGAAAUCUGAAAGUGAAUCUGCGGUAGACUAUUUAACAAACUUCCAAUCCAAUUGCUAGUUUCUUUGUCUCCAAAAUGGAACGUUUGUCAUACACUCGUGUCUUCUUGAACAUGUGUUUUUGGGGUGGGGGGAAAAAAGCUGUGAAAUCGUUCAUACCUACUUUGUAACCAAAGAUGCAAAGCUGUAAUUCCAUUUAUUUUGUUAUGUGCACUUAUGUAUUUUUUUCUUCUCACUUUCACAACAAAAUGUUUUUGUUGCUGUUUAGCAUGUUCUGCAUGAUCUGUAAUCUUCAAACCACUUUCUUACCUCAUAUUUUUAUUCAGCACUCUUAUUGUAAGAUAGUAGUCUGUGAACAAUGUAAAUGGGGGAAAAAGACAUGGAGACAAAGAGCUAGGGGUUUGGGUAGAGCGAUACAAACAAGUGUUACGUACACUAGCUACAGAAAAUGAAGUGAGCCAUGUUUUGUUCAUUUAAAUGGUGUUUGAAUUUCAUAUGCCAAUAGUUUUGUUACAUUGCAAAUUUAAUGUAUUUAAAUAAAUGCAAUAUUCAGAUUC